ACCCCUCCCUAUUGCUCAACUCCACUCUGUGCACACAUUUCCUUGUUCCCUCUCCUUCACUAAUAUACGAGUGCAAGAUAGUUGUAACCAACAAGUGAGCUCCCCAGCCCCGUGCAGCGUGGAUCAGCAAAUGAGCAGUGACAAAACGACACUGAGAUCUACAGUUUGAGGAUGGGUGUAACCAACAUGUGGGACGGUGGAAGAGCAGACACUGAACAAACACAUGCUGUGUAGAUCAGAGGUGAAACUAUUGAUUUCAAAGGAAGUGAAACUCAGAUAGUUGUUGUUACAGAGAGGAGAAAUGGCGCAGAAAGGAGUUCAACUAGACCGGGAGGCCUUCUCUUGUUCAAUCUGUCUGGAUCUCCUGAAGGAUCCGGUUGCUAUUCCCUGUGGACAUAGUUACUGUAUGAACUGUAUUAAAAGCCACUGGGACACAGAGGAUGAGAAGACAAUCUACAGCUGCCCUCAGUGUAGGCAGGACUUCACACCGAGGCCUGUUCUGGUGAAAAACACCAUGUUAGCAGAUUUAGUGGAGGAGCUGAAGAAGACUGGACUCCAAGCUGCUCCUGCUGAUCACUGCUAUGCUGGACCUGAUGAUGUGGCCUGUGAUGUCUGCACCGGGAGGACACUGAAAGCCUGUAAGUCCUGCCUGCAGUGUCUGGCUUCUUACUGUGAGAAACACCUUCAGCCUCAUUAUGAUGCAGCUCCAUUAAAGAAACACAAGCUAGUAGAGCCCUCAAAGAAGCUCCAGGAGAACGUCUGCUCUCGUCAUAAUGAGGAGAUGAAAGUAUUUUGUCGGACUGAUCAGCAGUCUAUCUGUCUCCUCUGUUUAAUGGACGAACACAAAGGUCAUGACACAGUCUCAGCUGCAGCAGAAAGGAGCGAGAAGCAGAGAGAGCUCGAGGUGAGUCGACAAAACAUCCAGCAGAGAAUCCAGGACGGAGAGAAAGAUGUGAAGCUGCUCCAACAGGAGGUGGAGGCUAUCAAUGGCUCCGCUGAUAAAACAGUGGGGAACAGUGAGAAGAUCUUCACUGAGCUGAUCCGUCUCAUGGAGAAAAGACGCUCUGAUGUGAAGCAGCAGGUCAGAUCCCAGCAGCAAACUGAAGUGAGUCGAGUCAGAGAGCUUCAGGAGAAGCUGGAGCAGGAGAUCACUGAGCUGAAGAGGAAAGACGCUGAACUGGAGAAGCUCUCACACACAGAAGAUCACAACCAGUUUCUACACGACUACCCCUCACUGUCACCACUCAGUGAAUCUACACACUCAUCCAGCAUCAAGAUCCGUCCUCUGAGGUUCUUUGAGGAUGUGACAGCGGCUGUGUCAGAAGUCAGAGAUAAACUACAGGACGUCCUGAGAGAGAAAUGGACAAACAUCUCACAGACAGUGACUGAAGUGGAUGUUUUACUGUCAGAACCAGAACCAGAGCCCAAGACCAGAGCUGAGUUCUUAAAAUAUUCAUCUGACAUCACACUGGAUCCAAACACAGCACACAUACUGCUGUUAUUAUCUGAUGGGAACAGAAAAGUAACAUUAAUGAGAAAACAACAGUCUUAUUCUAGUCACCCAGACAGAUUCACUGAUUGGUUUCAGGUCCUGAGUAAAGAGAAUCUGAUGGGACGUUGUUACUGGGAGGUGAAGUGGGGGGGGAAAGGAGUUCAUGUAACAGUCACAUACAAGAAUAUCAGCAGAGCAGGGAGAUCAAAUGAAUGUCUGUUUGGAGGUAAUGACAAAUCUUGGAGGUUAUAUUGUGACAACAACAGUUAUAACUUUUAUUACAACAAUGUCAGGACUCUUGUCUCAGGUCCUCAGUCCUCCAGAGUAGGAGUGUACCUGGAUCACAGAGCAGGUAUUCUGUCCUUCUACAGCAUCUCUGAAACCAUGACUCUCCUCCACAGAGUCCAGACCACAUUCACUCAGCCUCUACAUGCUGGACUCAGGUUUUAUUAUGUUGGAGACUCUGCUGAGUUGUGUAAGCUGAAGUAGACAGAAGUCAUUAGGGGACAAUGUGUUAACAUCUGUGUUUUUUUCCAUGUUUCUACAGAAAGCUGAUUAUACUUUUCUUCACUGCACUUGUAUACUACGGUACUUUGACAAAACCAGUAAAGCCACAUUUCUGUAUUUCAUAGAUUUCAAUAUCAUAUGUGGACGUGGGACCUUCCUCUGACCUAUCUCUUUGAGCCCACUAAUUUUCCUUGCACGACAGCAGACUUGGACCUCCGUAUAGACAUUCUGUUAACCUUUCACCCUUUCACACGUGCACACGCACGUCUUCAAAAGAAUAAGGUAAACGGAAGUUUCCUCCUUCUCUUAGAUUAUUUCUUCUUUGUUUUGUUUUCAAUGUUUUGUUUUGUUGUUGUUCUUUGUUAGGCGUCUUAGAGUAUUCAGAGUAGCGCUAUGUUAUUAUCAUUAUUAUUAAUGUUAAAGGUCACAUAUUAUGUAAAAUAAACUUCACCAUGUUUCUCUAACACUAAUAUGUGUCCCUGGUCUGUCUACAAACCCCCCAAUGAUGAGAAAAGUCCAUCCUCUCUGUAUUGUGCCUGCUCCACUUUUCAGAAAAUGUGUGCUCAAACAGGUCGUUUGGAGAUUUUCUCUUUAUGACAUCACAAAGAGCAGUAACACCUCCCCCAGGUGGGUGACACAUCUCAUUUACAUUUAAAGGUACAGACACAGAAACAGCCUGUUCUGAGCAGGGCUGAAAUAGAGGGGUUAAUAGGCAUGAUCGAAUACAGGAUCAGAGUGGAUUUAGAACAAAAGACAGACAAGUUUGAGACUUAUUUAAACAUGUUGAAGAGGAGGAGAAUAUGUGACCUUUAAACCAUGAAGGCUGUCAGUGUUAGUGAUGGCUUUUGUUCUCUUAUCUGUGCUGUAUUGCUAACCAUCAACUAUUUGUAAUGAUGUAAAGUUUUGAAUAAAUUUGCAAUUAAAUGUAUA